AUGGUCAACAGAACAAAAAAGUCCCGGUUUCUUGCCGUUGUCGUCGCCGGCGCGCUGACCGCCGGACUCGCGGCCGAGACCGUCGCGCAGGAUCGUCUCACCAUGGCUCUAACGGGUGAUUCGAUCAUCACCCGCAAGCUGAGCGUCUACGAGGAGCCGGAGUUCCUGCGGAUGAUCGACCUCCUGCGCGGCGCCGACCUGGCGUUCACCAACCUGGAGAUCCUCUUCCACGACUGGGAGUCCUACCCGAUGAGUUCGAGCGGCGGCACCUACAUGCGGGCCCAGCCGGAACUCGUGCAGGAGUUCGUGUGGGCCGGGAUUGAUAUGGGAUCGCUGGCUAACAACCACUCCGGGGACUACGGCCCACCGGCCAUGCUACUCACCGAGAAGUACGUCCGGGAGGCCGGCAUGGUCGCCGCAGGAGUCGGGCGCAGCCUGGCCGAGGCCCGCGAGGCCAAGUUCAUCGAGACCAAGGACGGCCGGGUGGCGCUGAUUUCGCUCGCCUCGACCUUCCCCAACCACUCGAUGGCGGGCAAGUCGCGUGACGACAUCCCGCCACGGCCGGGAUUGAAUCCGCUACGCCACAUCCGGACCUACGAGGUCACGAAGGACCAGCUCGAGGGCGUCCGCGCCACCAUGCGCGACCUCAAGAUGAACCCGCCCGCGGAGGGAACGAGCCUGAACUUCCUGCGCAACCGGUUCGAACUCGCGGAUGCGCCCGGGGUCCGGACCGAGCCGCACCCCGAGGACAUGGCGGAGAUCGCCAUGAUCGUCAGCAACGCGAGGCGCCAGGCCGACCACGUGAUGUUCCUCGAGACCUUCGCCAGGGCGAUGGUGGACGCCGGAGCCUCCAUCUUCGUGGGGCACGGACCCCACGCGCUACGCGCCAUCGAGAUGUACAAGGGGGUGCCGAUCCUCUACAGCCUCGGGGACUUCGUUUUCCAGAACGAGACCCUCCAGCGGCUGCCGUACGAGAACUACCACGGGGUCGGACUGAACGAGAGCGACGGCCUCGCCGACUUCAACGAGGCCCGCUACAACAACGACACCACCGGGUUCCCCACCAUCCCCGAGAUCUGGGAGGCGGUCAUCGCGGUGCCCGAGUGGAGCGGACAGCAACUGGUCGAGUUGACGCUCCACCCGAUCAGCCUCGGAUACGGACAGCCGCGCCAUGUCCGCGGCCGGCCGAUGAUGGCGGAGGGCCCCCUCGCCGACAAGAUCCUCCAGGAUCUGGUACGUCUCUCGGAACCCUACGGGACGCAGUUCGAGAUCCGCGACGGCGUCGCCCGGGUGGUACUGCCACCGGAGACAACCGACGAACAGCAGUAG